AUGUCCUCCUCGAUGAACUUAAGACAGUGCAUAGAGGCUACAGCACGAGCCUUCCUAUCCGCGUACGAAGAGGGCUCGGUCCAGAACGACGCCUCCAUCAUCAACCGCAACGUUACAGCGGACUGCAGACGGUACCUGCUUCCCUCGUCCGUACCCCAUGCCUUUGGCCUACCGGCGGACUUCUUUUUCGACACGGCAAAGUAUCAGGAGAUGUUUGGGAAGGACAUCAAGGUGUUGAAAUUCACAAACAACAUCAUGGCGAACCUGAUCAUCGAUACCGAAGCCCGCCGGGCCGCUUUUACGUCUGUCGCAGAGGUGCACGCCAAUAACGGAGAAACGUACCCGGCAGAGAUGGCUUGGUUCUUGUACUUUAAUGAGGAUGGGUCUAAAGUCAAGAAGGUGGUUGAGUUCUGCGACAAGGAUGUGAUCUUGAGGAUGGCAAACACGGCUGCUUAG